UGGGAUGAGGUAAGAAUAAUGCCUUGAGAGGCAAAAAUAUCAGACAGAUUGCACGGGAAGGAACUGGAGAUGGCAUGAAUUGAAAUAUUCAUUCCUUCCCCACCCUGGCUGCAGCCAUCUCCGUUCCUGGAGAGCAUGACACACGUCCCAUCCUCGGCCUCUGGCCACAGCGACCUCACCGCUCAUUUCCCCUGGAACCGAGGAGGCAUACCUGGGCUCUCCACAAAGGGAGAUGAUGCAGGGAGGGGAAUCCCACCUGCUCUGAGUCACCUGCUGUUAAGGGCGGGUCUUACAGCUCAGGGACCUUAAAAAGAGACUGCGAGACAAAGGGAAGAAAACAGGAAGCAUCUUAGAAACCGGACUACAAGAGUCAGAAUAAAAGGAGGCUGGUGGAGAGUCCACCAGGCCUGCUGCAGGUCACAGAGCCACCCGGAUUUGAGAAGCGGACAACACGAUGCUGGACUGUAGAGCCAUUUUACUGCUGUGGCUGCUGCCCUGGGCAGCUCACGGCCGGACGGUGCCUAGCAGCAGCAGCCCUGACUGGGCGCAGUGCCAGCAGCUCUCUCAGAAUCUCUGCACACUGGCCUGGAGUGCACAUCCCCGAGAGGGACCGAUGGAUCUGCUAAGAGAAGAAGGAGGUGAAGAGGCUAGAAAUGACGUCCCACACAUCCAGUGUGGGGACGGCUGUGAUCCCCAAGGACUCAAGGACAACAGCCAGAUGUGCCUGCAAAGAAUCCACCAAGGUCUGGUUUUUUACAAGCAGCUGCUGGACUCAGACAUCUUCACAGGGGAGCCUUCUCCACUCCCUGAUGUGAGCCAGCUUCAUACCUCCCUACUGGGCCUCAGCCAGCUACUCCAGUCAGAGGAUCAUCCCUGGGAGACACCACAGAGGCCUAGCCUGAGUCCCAGCCAGCAGUGGCAGCGUCCCCUUCUCCGCUCCAAGAUUCUCCGAAGCUUCCAGGCCUUUGUGGCGACAGCUGCCCGGGUCUUUGCCCAUGGAGCAGCCACCCUAACGGAACCCUUAAUGCCAACAGCUUAAGUAUAGCACCCAGGUUCCCAGCAAUGAUAAGAUCAAUCUACCAACCCAGGCUUCUGUAAGCCAACAAGCUAACUGACCCAUUAGUACUUUUGGUUGUUGUUUUGUUUUGUUUUGUUUGAAGGGCAGCUUUACUAUGGGGGUGGGGGGACCAGAGCAGGUAGCUCCCUAGAGGAAGGAGAUAGAGAUGAGGAAUAAAGUCCCACGGGAGCACAUCAGGGAAGCAAUGAGAAAGGCCAGAGCACCAGAAAAAGUGAGCCCAAGCAAGCUCGGUACCUGCCUUAGUCCCUGAGGACAAAUGGCCAACGUGGACCGACUGUGAUUUCACCUGGGACAAAGCUGCAUAUUUAUUAACCCGGA